CGAGAUUGUCGGGCCCCUUAUCAACCUGCUCCUCCACCGAUCCCAGAUCCCCGACUCGGCCAGCAUUGUGGAUGCAGCUCAGCGCGCCCAGCAGGAUUACCUGUCCUCGCUCGCCCAUCAGCACUGCUCCCUCGGGGAGAUCCAGCACGCCCUGAACCUCCGAGGCCGCCCGCUGUUCAACACCCUGCUCUCCACCAAGCCCGUCAACGAUGCGCCCUCGUCUACUCAAGAGACGCGCUUUUCGAGUGUGAGCAGCUACGACCCCUCCGACUACGACAUGGCCGUCAACAUCCAGAUCGCGGGCCAGGAGCUCGUCGGAGUGGAUCUGGACUACUGGACCAACGUCUUCAGCGACUGGCAGGCCCGCCAGAUGUCCGGCGCCCUGCUCUCGAUCUUGCACCAUCUCUCAGGGUCCAGCGCCACCACCACAUUUGGAGACCUUAAUCUGAUCAGCCCCGAGGAUCUCGCGCAGGUGGAACAAUGGAACGCAACGGCGCCGCCGCCUGUCGAGCGCUGCAUCCACGACCUCGUCUUGGAGCAGCAGGCAGUCCGGCAGCCAGCCCGGCCAGCCAUCUGCGCCUGGGACGCCAGCUUCACAUACGAAGAGCUUGACCGGGUCUCCACAGAUCUGGCACACCACCUAGUCUCCCUUGGUGUGCAGGCAGAGACCAUGGUGCCCAUUUGCAUGGAAAAGUCUGCAUGGACUAUAGUCGCGAUGCUCGCAAUCCUCAAAGCUGGUGGUGCCUUUGUGCCCUUGGACCCAUCGCAUCCCCUUCAGCGGCGCCAGGGUAUCGUCGAGCAACUCAACUCCGACGUCGUCGUGGUCUCUCCUGAGACCCGCGAGAACUGUGGCUUGGGAGCGGAGAAGAAGACGACUGUCGAGGUGUCGCCCGCCCUGAUCGCCUGCCUUCCAUCCCCGCAACCUAGACUGACUGGUCGAGCACACGGCGGCAACAGCAUGUAUCUCAUCUUCACCUCCGGCAGUACUGGAAAACCCAAGGGAGUCGUGAUUGAGCACGCCGCCGCCUGCACCAGCACCACCGGGCAUGGAAAGGCCAUGGGAUUCGCACCCGAUACGCGUGCUCUCCAAUUCUCCUCGUACAGCUUCGAUGCGGCGAUUGCUGAGGUUUUCACGACCUUUGUCUUUGGCGGCUGUGUUUGCGUGCCGUCUGAGGAUCAGCGCAUGGGCGGCGAGAUCGAGGCCGUCAUCAACGAAAUGCAGGUCAACUGGGCGUUUUUCUCGCCCUCUUUCGCCACAACGCUCAGCCCCGAGCGUCUCACUGGACUGAGGACCCUGGUGCUUGGAGGUGAGGCAAUCCGAAAGGAAAACAUUCAAGUCUGGGGAGGAGGCGUGGAUCUCAUCGACGGCUACGGGCCCACGGAGACCUGCGUGUUCUGCCUGUCUCGCUCGAUUGCCUCCAAUACAGAAGGCCCCCAGGGAGUUGGCCGUGCAGUCAGCACCCUCGCCUGGAUUGCGGAUCCCAACAACCACGACCGCCUGGCUCCAUUGGGUGCAGUCGGCGAGCUGCUCGUUGAAGGCCACUCGCUGGCUCGAGGAUACCUCGGCGACCUGGAGAAGACAAACGCUUCCUUUAUUAUAGACCCUCGCUGGGCCAACGCCCAGGGCCGUGGGAUGGGCCGCCGCCGUAUGUACAAGACCGGGGAUCUCGUGCAGUAUCAACAGGAUGGGACCUUGAACUACAUCGGCCGCAAGGACCACCAGGUCAAGCUGCGAGGCCAACGCUUUGAGCUGGGCGAGAUCGAACACCAUUUGACCCAGCACGCAGUGGUCCGGGACAGCCUCGUCCUGAUGGUGCGGGCUGGCCUGUGCAAGGGCCGCGUCGUCGCCGUCGUUUCCCUCGCAGCCAUCGCCCCAGCAUCGAGCUCGGAGAUUGAACUCGCCGUCGACGAGGGCAUCUGGCUGCAGGUCUCGGCUGUCAAAGACCACCUGGCAAGCCAACUGCCCUCGUUCAUGGUACCAACGCUGUGGAUCGUCGUCCGGAGCGUCCCACUCAACACAUCCGGCAAGCUGGAUCGCCAGCGUGUCAACGUAUUCAUCGAGGGGCUCUCGCAGGAGACGUUCAGCGCCCUGACGCAGGCAAACGAGGAGGCCACCGGGACAUCCAUCCCGGCCACUGCCACCGACCGCCGCGUGCAGGAGAUUGUGGCCCGCGUCCUCAACCUGCAGCCCGCGGCCACCUCGCUCAGCCGUUCGUUCGUCGGCCUUGGAGGCGACUCGAUCACGGCAAUGCAGGUGGUCAGCCACGCCCGGCGCGAAGGGCUCUCGCUGCGGGUUCCGGACAUCCUGCAGAGCGCGAGCCUUGCGCAGGUGUCUCUCUGCGUCCGCCCCGCGCGCCUGUCCUCCUCGAUCCCCCCCGAACGGCCCGGGGAAGAGUUUGCCCUGUCGCCCAUCCAGCAGUUUUAUCUGGAUGUCUGCAGCCAGCAGCCGACCCUGUCCAACCAGAGCUUCUUCCUUCGCCUCGGAAAGCCAGCCAAAGCGCAUCAGCUAAUUCAAGCAAUCGAUGCGGUUGUCCGGCAGCACUCGAUGCUCCGUGCUCGGUUCAGGCGAUUGCAGCCGGGGUCCAACUGGGUGCAGCUCAUCACCAACGACAUCUCUGGCUCGUACCACUUCCAGGCGCACCGGCUGACCGACCGCACUCAGGUGGCCCGCAUAAUGACGGACAGUGCACGCCGUCCAGAUGCGCAAAACGGGCCCCUGCUCUGCGUGGAUCUCUUCGAUGUGCAAGACGAAGGCCAGCUCCUCUUUAUGGUCGCGCACCAUCUGGUGAUUGACAUGGUCUCUUGGCGGGUGUUGCUGCAGGAUCUCGAGGACCUCCUUCUCGGGGGCACAUUAAGCGAUGAGCCCGCUCUCUCCUUCCAGUCGUGGACUGCCAUGCAGGCCGAACACGCGCAGACCCUUACUGUUGCCACCGCCCUUCCGUAUCACGUUCCGAUGACCCCAGAUAUGGCUUUCUGGGGUUUGGAGACCACGUCCAAUGUCUACGUGGAUGCCGAACUGGCGAGUUUCACCCUCGACGAGCCCUCGACAACAGCGAUGCUGGGCAGCUGCAAUGGGGCCUUCCGAACCGAGCUGACCGAUCUCCUCCUCGCCGGGCUGCUGCUCUCCUACAGCCAGACAUUCCACGGCCGGGCACCCUCUGUCUUUGUCGAGGGGCACGGGCGUGAGCCCUGGACUGCAGACAUCGACCUGUCUCGGACUGUUGGCUGGUUCACAGUAAUGGCUCCUGUAUACCUCGCCCCCGAGAUGCUCCACAGUCUCGCCAAUACGAUCCGUGGCGUUAAGGAUCUCCGUCGGAAGCUGCCCAACGCGGGAUGGGACUACUUCACGAGCCGGUACCUGUCCGCCAGUGGCCGCGAGGCCUUUGGCCACCACGGCCGCCCCGAAAUUCUGUUCAACUACUUGGGUCGCUACCAGCAGUUCGACCGAGAUGACGCCGUGCUGCGACAGGAACCUCGGACGGCAGCGGAGAGCCAGGUCUUUGACACCGACCUGCAUGCAAACAGAAUGGCCCUGUUUGAGAUCUCCGCAACUGUGCUCGACGGCCGACUGCAGGUCAAUGUGGUGUACAACAAGAAGAGCCGGCACCAAGCCGAGAUCCAGAGCUGGGUGCAGCUGUACCGCAGUAUGCUGCAGCACAUGGCUGACACGCUGCCUUUGCAAGCGCCUGAGCCCACACUCAGCGACUAUCCUCUGAUGCCCAUUGGGUACAGCGCCCUCGAGAAGUUCCAGAGGGAAUGUCUCCCUGUGCUGCCCGCUGCCGACUUUUCGGCGAUCGAGGACUGGUACCCGUGCUCGCCAAUGCAGGAAGGACUGCUCCUCAGCCAGCAUCGCCAAAAGGGGGCGUACGAGUCCUUCUUCAUGUUUGAAGUGGUGGGAAACUCGAACGUCUCCGUCGAGCGGUUGAACCACGCCUGGACGCAGGUUGUUCAGCGUCAUGCGAUUCUUCGCAGCAUGUUCGUCAGCAGCGUGCGAGACGAAGGCCUGUUUGAUUCCGUCGUCCUCAAAACCCUUACUCCCGACACCAGUUACCGAUUGAUUGAGGCCGAGCAGGACGAUCCGAUCACAGCCCUCUCCGCCAUCCAGACCCCUGAUAUCCACUGCCGCAAAGCACCCCCUCACCAUCUCACGCUGUGCACAUCCCGCGACGGGCGAGUCUACGGACGCAUCGACAUUGACCACACUACGUUUGAUGGCCGAUCCAUGGGGCUCAUCUUCCGCGACUUGGCCCGGGCCUACGAAGGGACGCUCAGUGCCGACAAAGCCCCGUCGUACCGCUCGUAUAUCCAGCACUUGCAACACAAGGCGCCGAUGGAAGCCCUGAACCACUGGACCGCGUACUUGCAAGGGGUCGAGCCCUGCUACCUGCCUGUUGCAAAGACCCAGUCCGAAGACCGCGGCCAGCUCGAGUACGUUGAGGUGGACCUGUCGGUGUUUGCGAGCCAGUUGCAGGCCUUCCAGCAGGCGACGGGGACAACCAUCGCCAAUGUCAUCCAGGCCGUCUGGGGCGCCGUCCUGCGCUGCUACACGGGAUCCGACGAUGUCUGCUACGGAUACCUGGUCUCCGGCCGGGAUAUUCCGCUGCCAGAUGUCGCGGAGAUUGUCGGUCCCUUCAUCAACAUGCUUGUGUGCAGGUUGAGCGUCGCCCCUUCCAGCACCGCCGCCGACCUCGCAAGGGCCGUGCAGUCCGACUACCUCCAGAGCCUGCAACACCAGCACCUAUCUCUCGCAGAGAUCCAAAAUGUGAUUGGUCUGGCAGGAAAGCCGCUGUUCAACUCGAUCAUCACGAUCGAGGCGCCCGCCGAUGCGGUGCAGCGUGAUGGCUCUUCUGUGCGUUUCACCACCGUCGGAGGACACAGUCCGACAGAGUACGAUCUCACCCUUGGGGCCGUCGCAUCCAAAGAGCGGCCCAGAGUGAGCAUUGGAUACUGGACUGCCAAGAUGUCGCGAUGGGAGGCAGAGAACCUGGGCAAGACGUUCAGCAAAGUCUUUGAGAGCCUCGUCCAGCGACCAGACGCGCGCGUCUGCGACCUCGACAUGGUGCCCGGGGACCACAUGCAGAGCAUCAUGCACUGGAACUCGACGCUGUCCGCGGCCACCAGCAGCACGCUGCCCGAACUGAUCGGCGUACAGACCCUCCAGCGUGCCAACGAGAUGGCGAUCUGCAGCUGGGAUGCGGAAUUGACCUACACAGACCUCAACAGCUAUUCAAACCGCCUAGCGCAGCGUUUGGUGGACCUGGGCGUCGGUGCAGGCGCCUUCGUCCCGAUCUGCAUGGAAAAGUCGGCCUGGGCAGUGGUUGCCAUGGUCGCUGUGCUCAAGGCGGGUGGUGCGUAUGUGCCCUUGGAUCCUUCCCAGCCUUUGGCCCGGCGAGAGGCAAUUGUCACGCAGCUGAGCUCCACUGUGAUCAUCGUGUCGCCCGAGACGCAGGACAACGGCCUAUCCUGCAUGCAUAUAGUUCAAGUGUCGAAGAAAUCGCUGCAGUUGCUGCCUUCCCCGGCCACUGCUCUCACCUGGCGUGCCGGCCCACACGAUGCGGCGUAUGUGAUCUUCACAUCGGGCAGUACAGGCACACCCAAGGGGGUGGUCAUCGAACAUGCGGCCGCGUGCACCAGCGUAAUGGGCCACGGCCGGGCCAUGCACUUUGACAGCACAACACGAGCGCUGCAGUUCGCGUCCUAUGGAUUCGACGCGAGCAUCGCAGAGAUCUUCACUACCCUGGCCUUUGGCGGUUGUGUCUGUAUCCCGCGCGACGAAGACCGCACCGCAGACAUUAUCCACACGAUGAACAAGAUGCGCGUCAAUUGGGCCUUCUUCACACCCACGUUUGUCACGCUCAUCGACCCCAACCAGGCUACACACCUCGAGACGCUUGUUCUGGGCGGAGAGGCGAUGCGGCAGGAGAAUGUGGACGCAUGGGCCUCGAAGGUGCGCCUCAUGAACGGCUACGGACCGACCGAGGCAUGUGUCUUCUGCCUCACCCGGGAGGUGACGGUGGAGGACAAUAGGGCUUCCAAGCUCGGGCGUGCGGUGAGCAGUCGAUCGUGGAUUGUCGAUAUCCAGGAUGUCAACCGCCUGGUCCCUGUCGGCUGCGUGGGCGAGCUCGUUGUCGAGGGCCACUCCCUGGCACGCGGCUAUCUGCACGACUCCCAGAAGACCGAUGCUGCGUUUGUGCCCAGUCCCCCCUGGGCAUCUCGCCUCAAGGACUCCGCGCCUAGAAUAUACAGGACCGGCGAUCUCGUGCGCUAUGAGCAAGAUGGAUCCCUCACGUAUCUGGGUCGCAAGGACGCCCAGGUCAAGGUCAACGGGCAGCGCCUUGAACUCGGAGAGGUCGAACAUCAUCUCCUGGCCCACAAAUCGACCAAAGACGUGGUAGCUGUGCUCCUCAACGAAGGGCCAUUCAGGAACAAGCUCGUGGCCGUCCUUUCGCUGCACGCGCUGGCCGACGGCGAGCAGAUGGCGCUCAUCGACAACAGCAGCAAGACCCUCGCCCUCUCUCUGCUGUCCAGCCUGCAGGAGUCGGCCUCGCAGAAACUGCCCGAAUACAUGGUGCCUACCGUCUGGGUCCCUCUGAAACAACUCCCCUUGAACUCCUCGGGCAAGAUCGACCGCGCAAAGAUCGCCAGCUUCCUGCAGUCCGCAGACGAGGAGAUGUAUCAGCGAGUGUCCGCCCUCUCCGCCGAUAGUGAGCAGACCGAGCCGGCCACGGCCAUGGAGC